ACGUACUUUGUCGGCCGGAAAGCCGCAGGCAAGAUGACGUUGGCUCCGGUGAUUGCGCUUUCGCACGGCGGAGGCCCCCUUCCUAUCCUUGGUGACCCCCUUCACAAAGACAUUGUCAACUCCCUCAAGAACCGCGUCCCCAAAAUUCUCAAGCUCGGCACCCCCCAACAGCCCCGUGCCAUUGUUCUCGUCACCGCGCACUGGUCGACAGACAAGCCGACCAUUUCGUCCGCGGCGUCUCACAAGCUGCUCUACGACUACUACAACUUCCCGCCCGAGGCCUACACGCUGCAGUAUCCCGCCCCAGGCCACCCUGAGGUCGCGCAGGAGGUGAAAGCCGCGCUGGAAGAGCAGGGCCUCAAGCCCGUGCUUGACGCGGAAAGAGGAUGGGAUCACGGCGUCUUCAUCCCGAUGCUGCUCGUGAACCCCGCGGCCAACGUGCCCAUCGUGCAGGUCUCGGUGCUGGAAUCAGAGGACCCGGAGGAGCAUCUCCGGAUGGGCGCCGCGUUGUCAAAGCUCCGGCAGGACAACAUUGCCAUUGUGGGCUCAGGGUUUGCUUCGCUGCAUAAUUUCCAAGCAUAUCAUGAGCUGCGCUCCGGAUCGCCCGCAAAGAUAAAGUCGUGGACGGACAGGGUUGAUCAGUGGAAUAGGGCCCUGACGGAGGCUGUCGGCGCGGAGAGCAGGGAGGAGCGGUGGCGGAGAUUGAAGGGGUGGCGCGAGCUGCCGCAUGCUGAUGAUAUGCAUCCGCCGAGGAGGGGGGAGCAUUUCCUGCCGCUGGUUGUGUGUGCUGGGGCGGCGCUGGAGGGGGAGAGGGCGGGUGUGUAUGAGGAUGAGUUUAUGGGGGCUGGGAUUAAGACUUAUUACUGGGGGGCUGAGACGGUUGCUUAG